AUGGGCAGAGUCAUGCAGGUGGCUGCCUUCUCCCUCGCCGAAGUCACAUAUGCCGUGGGUGGAGACAUUGGCUACCAGAUCCAGGAAUCAGUCAAGCAGGCUCGCUUCCGCGUCCGCACGAAGCAGGAGAACGUCUCGGGAGUCUUCCUUCCACAAUUCGAGAGCUAUCAGGCAGACAGCAACGACUUUGCGCUGACGGGCUUGGGCAAGGGUGGCCAGCAGGUGCAGCGGUGUAGAGAGACCUAUGCACGCGCAGUCGAGACGUUGGUGGAAUUGGCCAGUCUUCAAACAGCCUUUGUCAUAUUAGAUGAGGUCAUCAAGGUGGUCAACCGCCGUGUAAACGCCAUGUACGCUCUCUUCUCUCCUCUCCCUUCCUCUCUGGUACUAACCCUGGCAAGCGAGCACGUCAUCAUCCCCCGCACAGAAAACACAAUCAAAUACAUCAACUCCGAGCUAGACGAGCUGGACCGAGAAGAGUUCUACCGUCUGAAAAAGGUCUCCAACAAGAAGCAAAAGGACGCUGCCGAAGAAGAGGCAGCUAGGCAAGUCAAGAAGGAGGCAGAGCAGACUGCCGAGGCAAAACCAGAGGAAACUGUUGGCGAAAGCAAAGACAUGUUGGCCGACGAGGACAACCAAGACGUCAUCUUCUGA